GGCUGCUGGCCUGGAGCUGAGAGCUGCGGCGAGUGCCAUGGCCCCGUACUGGGCCGUCUGGCUGCUGGCAGCAGGGCUGUGCGGCCUGGGCAUUGGGGCCGAGGUGUGGUGGAACCUUGUGCCCCGGAAGACAGUAUCUUCUGGGGAGCUGGCAACUGUGGUGCGGCGGUUCUCCCAGACCGGCAUCCAGGACUUCCUGACCUUGACCCUGACCGAGCAGUCCGGGCUGCUGUACGUGGGGGCGCGCGAGGCGCUGUUUGCCUUCAGCGUGGAGGCUCUGGAGCUACAAGGAGUGAUCUCCUGGGAGGCACCAGCUGAGAAGAAAACUGAGUGCAUGCAGAAAGGGAAGAGCAACCAGACAGAAUGCUUCAACUUCAUCCGCUUCCUGCAGCCCUACAACACCUCACACCUGUACGCGUGCGGGACCUACGCCUUCCAGCCCAAGUGCACCUACAUUGACAUGCUCACUUUCACUUUGGAGCGAGGAGACUUUGAGGAUGGGAAGGGGAAGUGUCCCUAUGACCCAGCUAAGGGCCACACCGGCCUCCUUGUGGACGGAGAGCUGUAUUCGGCCACGCUCAACAACUUCCUGGGCACAGAGCCUGUCAUCCUGCGGAACAUGGGCCCCCACCACGCCAUGAAGACGGAGUACCUGGCUUUUUGGCUCAAUGAACCCCACUUUGUAGGCUCUGCCUACGUCCCCGAGAGCGUGGGGAGCUUCACCGGGGAUGACGACAAGAUCUACUUCUUCUUCAGCGAGCGGGCCGUGGAGUACGACUGCUACGCCGAGCAGGUGGUAGCGCGCGUCGCCCGCGUCUGUAAGGGAGACAUGGGCGGGGCACGCACGCUGCAGCGGAAGUGGACCACGUUCCUGAAGGCGCGGCUGAUGUGCUCGGCCCCUGACUGGCAGCUCUACUUCAACCAGCUACGGGCAGUACACACCCUGCGAGGCGCCUCCUGGCACAACACCACCUUUUUUGGGGUCUUUCGAGCUCGAUGGGGAGAUGUGGACUUGUCAGCAGUCUGUGAGUACCAGCUGGAGGAGAUCCAGCGGGUGUUCGAGGGCCCCUACAAGGAGUACCGCGAGCAAGCCCAGAAGUGGGCCCGCUAUACGGACACGGUACCCACCCCUCGGCCCGGCUCGUGCAUCAACAACUGGCACCGGCGCCACGGCUACACCAGCUCCCUGGAGCUGCCCGACAACACCCUCAACUUCAUCAAGAAGCACCCGCUGAUGGAGGAGCAGGUGGCGCCCCGCUGGGGCCGGCCUCUGCUGGUAAAGAAGGAGGCCAACUUCACCCACUUAGUGGCCGACCGGAUCACGGCGCUCGAUGGAGCCACCUACACGGUGCUGUUCAUCGGUACAGGGGACGGCUGGCUGCUCAAGGCCGUGAGCCUAGGCGCCUGGGUGCACCUGAUCGAGGAGCUGCAGGUGUUUGACCGGGAGCCCGUGGAGAGCCUGGUGCUAUCUCAGAGCAAGAAGCUGCUCUUUGCUGGCUCCCGCUCUCAGCUCGUGCAGCUGCCCCUGGCCGCCUGUGGCAAGUACCGCUCCUGCGCAGACUGCGUGCUAGCCCGGGACCCCUACUGUGCCUGGAAUGUCAAUGCCAGCCGCUGUGUGGCCACAGGUGGCCACUCUGGAUCCCUGCUGGUCCAGCACGUGACCAUGUUAGACACGUCGAGCAUCUGUAACCUGCAUGGCAGUAAGAAAGUCAGGCUCACACCCAAAAACAUCACGGUGGUGGCGGGCACAGACCUGGUGCUGCCCUGCCGCCUCUCCUCCAACCUGGCCCGUGCCCGCUGGACCUUCAGGGAUCGGGAUCUGCCUGCAGAACAGCCUGGCGCCUUCCUCUACGACACGCGGCUGCAGGCCCUGGUGGUGAUGGCCGCCCAGCCCCGCCACGCGGGCGCCUACCACUGCUUUUCAGAGGAGCAGGGCGCGCGGCUGGCUGCAGAAGGCUACCUCGUGGCGGUUGUGGCCGGCCCGUCAGUGACCUUGGAGGCCCGGGCGCCCUUGGAAAACCUGGGGCUGGUAUGGCUGGCUGUGGUGGCCCUGGGGGCCGUAUGCCUGGUACUGCUGCUGCUGGUUCUGUCAUUGCGCCGGCGGCUGCGGGAAGAGUUGGAGAAAGGUGCCAAGGCAGCCGAGAGGACCCUAGUAUACCCGCUGGAGCUGCCCAAGGAGCCCACCAGUCCGCCCUUCCGGCCUGGCCCAGAAACAGAUGAGAAACUUUGGGAUCCGGUUGGCUACUACUACUCCGAUGGCUCGCUCAAGAUUGUGCCUGGACACGCAAGGUGCCAGCCUGGGGGCGGGCCCCCCUCCCCACCUCCUGGCAUCCCCGGCCAGCCCCUGCCUUCUCCAACUCGGCUCCACCUGGGGGGCGGGCGGAACUCGAAUGCCAACGGUUAUGUGCGCUUACAGUUAGGAGGAGAGGACCGGGGCGGGCACCCCCUGCCCGAGCUCGCCGACGAACUGAGACGCAAGCUGCAGCAGCGCCAGCCGCUGCCCGACUCCAACCCAGAGGAGUCCUCGGUAUGAGGGGACCCACCGCAUCGGCGGGGCACGCGGGAGGUGCGGCCCCUACUUUUGCACAGGCACCAGCUACCUCAGGGACAUGGCUCGGGCACCUGCUCUGCCUGGGACUGGCACUGCCCAGCACCUGCCUGGCCGUGAAGACCUGCUCAGCAUGGGCACUGCCACUUGGAGUGGCUCACCAGGGCACCAGCCUUCCUCCUCUGUGAAUCUCGGACACAUGGGACCCCAGCAGCCAGAACUUUGUAAGGCAGAAGUUGGAAGAUGUGGGUGUGUCUGUGCAUGUGAGCGUGUGUCUGCAUGAGAGCGUGUGCGUCUGCAUGGGUGCGUGUGUGAGCGUGCGCGUGCGUGUGUGGCUCAGCCGUCCCGUUUCUGUGGAGUCUUCCCUUGGCCUAGGGUCCUCCUGGUGAGUCUUUGGAGCUAUGAAGGGGAAGGGGUCGGAUCACUUUGUCUCUCUUACCCCCAUCUGUCCCAAAUUCGGGGCACCUGUGUACAUAUGGGGGUGGGGUGGGCAGGGUGCUGUACCCCUCUGGGGGAUGGGGAGGAGCGCAGGGCCCAGGGGUGGGCCUAGCCCUGUCCCGGGGCUGUGAAUGUUUUCAGGGUGGGGGGAGGGAGAUGGCGCCUCCUGUGUGUUUGGGGGUAGGGUGGGCGGGGCCUCCCUCUGGGCCCCAGUUUGGUGGUAUUUUAUACUGGUCCUCUUCCAGGGCGGGGCUGGGGAAAUGUCAUGUGGGGAGAGGGAGGGCGUGCUGUGGGUAGCAUACCCUCUGCCGGCCCAGGAAGAGGGCUCCUAACAGUGUAACUUAUUGUGUCCUUGCGUAUUUAUUUGUUGUAAAUGUUUGAGUAUUUUUAUAUUGACAAAUAAAACCGAGAAAAUGAAACUUA